AUGUCCACUGCGCGGAUUGAUUCUGACGAGGAGAGCCUGGGCUCAAUAGAGUCGCUGGAUCACGAGCUGGAUCCGAGCUUGGCUGGCGAAGACGGUCCGUCUGUUGGUCUGCUGGGCCAGCCCAACAGCUUCAUUAUCGGUAUAGCCGAGCAGCACGGGAAAUCAAAUCUCCGCAUGGCGUUCAUGAAUAUGGCGAAUUCGAUUAUCGGUGCAGGCAUCAUUGGCCAGCCGUACGCAUUGCGACAAGCAGGACUGCUUGCUGGUGUGAUUCUCCUUUGCGUAUUGACCGUGGUCAUUGACUGGACAAUCAGGCUGAUGGUGACGAACGCCAAGCUGAGCGGAACAAAGACUUAUCAGGGCACUGUAGAGCAUUGCUUCGGCAAGCCGGGUCUUAUUGCUGUGUCGCUAUCUCAGGGACUUUUCGCCUUUGGCGGUUCAAUGGCAUUUUGUGUGAUUAUUGGCGAUACGAUCCCGCACGUCCUGGCCGCGGUGUUUCCAGGGCUCAAAAACAUUCCGGUUCUUAGUUUGUUGACCCACCGCAACCCGGUCAUUCUUCUAUUUGUUAUGGGCAUCUCGUACCCGCUGUCACUCAAUCGGAACAUCACUGCAUUGGCCAAAGCCAGCAUGCUGGCCCUGGUCUCUAUGUUCGUCAUUACCCUCACUGUUAUCAUAAGAGGCCCCGCUCUGACCCCUGAGGACGCACACAUGACAACGCCUCUUCUCACGAUCAAUUCUGGAUUUUUCCAGGCCGUGUCGGUUAUUUCGUUCGCCUUUGUCUGUCACCAUAACAGCCUGCUUAUUUUCGAUUCCCUGAAAACGCCCAGCAUGGACAGAUUCAAGAUCGUCACGCACUGGAGCACGUUCGUAUCAAUGGUUGCGUGUCUGUUUAUGGGCAUCUCUGGGUUCUUGAGUUUCCAAAACAAAACAAAGGGGAAUGUGCUAAACAACUUCCCCGCGGACGAUACUAUGGCGAACGUGGCCAGGUUUUGCUUUGGCCUGAACAUGGUGACUACCUUCCCUCUCGAGAUUUUCGUUUGCCGCGAAGUGCUCAUCGAGUACCUGUACCCCGGCGAACCGUUUGUGAAAAAGAGGCAUGUCACUGCAACGACCGUGCUCACCCUGGUUGCAAUGGGCGUUGCACUGACAACCUGCAACCUUGGCAUUAUUCUAGAACUUGUUGGUGCAUCAUCUGCAUGCUCAAUGGCCUACAUUCUACCGCCGUUGUGCUUUGUUAAAUUAUCCAAAAAACACCCCCGAUCUCGCACCAAAAUCGCGUGCUAUGCAUGUGCCGCGUUCGGCGCGCUGGUUAUGGUCAUUUCAACAACCCAAUCACUCGCAGCUAUGUUUACUGAAACGGAGCAUUCGCCCUGUGUAUAG